AUGUUUCGACGGACGCCAUUGUACCCCAAGGUGACCCGCUCGUGGACCAAGGCUUCGAUCAGCGCUGCCACGGCACACUUUCCUGACGCCGUCCUUGCCGACCCAGCCGCGUCCCGCUCGGGGACGAUCUCAGCAAAGGAAGAGCGCAGCUGGAGGCUUGACGACAACACCGUCAAAGUGGAGAAGCUCCCAAAGCACUUCCAGUUUGUCGUGCGUAAGCUGCAGCUCUACGGUAACCUUGUUCGCUUUGACCGACCGGUUGGCUGGCAGCUCCUUCUCAUCCCUUGCUACUGGGGCUCCUCUCUGGCCGUAACACGCGCGCUUGUGUGGGAAGGCGCAGACCCAGUGGUGCUCUGUGCCCCAUUCAUUCCGUUUCACCUGGCCGUUCAGUUCUUGGUCGGCGCCUACCUCAUGCGUAGCGUAGGGUGCAUUGUGAAUGACAUGUGGGACCGCAAGUUUGAUCGCAUGGUCGAGCGCACCGCGCAGCGCCCGCUAGCCUGUGGCGCUGUAUCCAUGACAGAGGCCUCGGCAAUCCUCCUUUCGCACCUCAUUGCGGCCGGCGUGAUUGCGCUCAACCUCUCGCCGGCAGCCCUGCUAGCCUCCGUGGCCGUCACGCCCUUAUGGAUCCUGUACCCCUUAAUGAAACGCAUCACCCACGCCCCGCAGUUGUUCUUAGGCCUCUGUUUUAACUGGGGCAUCUUUGUUGGCUAUGCAGCAGUGCUGGGACGAGUCGACAUGGCCGUGUGUGUGCCCAUCUAUUGCGCCGCAGUGAUUUGGACCAUCUUGUACGAUACUAUCUACGCCUACCAGGACCGCCGUGACGACCUCAAGUGCGGUAUCAAGAGCACUGCCAUCUGGAUCGGGGAUCGCAAGUACAUUCUGAGUGCCAUGGUGGCGCCCAUCGGAGGGGGCAUGCUCAUCAGUGGCUUUCUGGCGUCACAGUCCCUGCCGUACUACAUUGGAAUCAUUUUGUGUAUGUAUCGCCUGCAUUCGAUUGUAGACGACGUCAACAUAUACGACAGCUGGUCCUGCGCGCAGGGCUUCACGCGCAACGUGCGGCUCGGCAUGUACGUCUUUCUGGCGAUGUGCCUGGGCAACCUCUGCUGGGCUUUUGCCUCUGAACAUGAGGCGGAGCUGGACAGAAACACCGACAGCGCCCCGAAGAGCUCGAUACUGUCGCGCUUUCUGUUCCUCGACCAGGAGACGCGCGAGGCGAGCUACACAAAGGGCAGCUUCACAUGGGCGGACCGCUUUAUGCAUCCGGCCUUUGUGCAGGCUGAGAGCGCCAAAGCUGCCGGCGCCACUGAGGCACCGCCAAUCCCAGCGUGGAUGCGGCGCGAAUACUUUUCGCAGAACCUUUCAGCCAUCCUCCUCUUCUGCGGCGUGAGCGAGGAGACCGUGACGGCGUGGUCGACGUCGUCGUACACGUUCAUGGACCACUACAACAUGUUCUCCCAAGUCACUCUGUAG